AUGGAUAAAAAUGAAUCUACUCCUCUAUUACAUGCAUCUGAAAAUGGUCAUCUUGGAGUUGUUCAAUAUCUUAUAUCUGUUGGAGCCGAUAAACUUGUGAGAAAUGCUGAUGGAUCGACUCCACUCAUUUGUGCAUCAUCUAAGGGUCAUCAUGAAGUUGUUCAAUAUCUUAUCUCUAUUGGAGCUGAUAAAGAAGCAAAGGAUAAAUAUGGAUAUACUCCACUUAUUCGUGCAUCACAUGGAGGUCAUCUUGAAGUAGUUAAAUAUCUUAUCUCUGUUGGAGCUGAUAAAAACGCAAAAACUAAUUAUGGAUCUACCUCACUCAUUUAUGCAUUAGAAAAUCGUCAUAUUGAAGUUGCUAAAUAUCUUAUCUCUGUUGGAGUUGAUACAAACACAAAAUUGAAAUCCGGAAUUACUAUACUUAACUGGACAUUAGAAAGGGGUUAUCGAGAAAUUUUUAAAUUACUUAUUUCUGCUGGAGCUAAUAAAGAAGAAAAGGAUAAAGAUGAACGGACCCCACUCAUUGUAGCAUCAUAUUAUUGUGAUUUUGAAAUUGUUAAAUAUCUUAUCUCUGUUGGAGCUAAUAAAGAAGCAAAGGAUAAAGAUGGAGAGACUCCACUCUUUCAUGCAGUAACAGGUUACAAGUGUCUUGAAGUUGUAAAAUAUCUUAUCUCAGUUGGAGCUAAUAAAGAAGCAAAGGAUAAAAAUGGACAGACUCCACUCAUUUGUGCAUCAAAAAAUGGUUGUCUUGAUGUUGUUAAAUAUCUUAUCUCAGUUGGAGCUAAAAAAGAAGCAAAGGAUAAAGAUGGAAGAACUUCACUCAUUUGGGCAUCAAAAAAUGAUAAACUUGAAGUUGUUAAAUAUCUUAUCUCUGUUGGAGCUAAUAAAAAAGCAAAGGAUAAAGAUGGAAAUACCGUCCUCUCAGUUGCAGGAGAAAAUGUUGUUUUAUAUCUGAGAUGCUCAUGA